UCCGCCUCCUGAUUGACUCCCAACUUUCUGCUCCUCCCUUGCAUAAACUUUCCCGUCCCUGAGCCUGAUUCCCUGCGCGGACUCCGGAGCUCGCAGCGCUCUCGCAUUCCUGACGCCCUCCCCCGGCCCAUCCCCGGCACCGGCCCCGGUCCCGGUUCGGUCCCGGUCCGCUCCCGGCUCGCGUGGCCGGCCCAGCCCUCCGGAGCACGGAACAGAUCCAUCCACAGUCCACAGCAGAAGAACUCGCUGGCGUUUCCCAUGACAUACGGUCACUAUUUAUCAUGAUACCGGAAACAGCACCGUCUUUAAUCGCCAUUUAACCCCUUGUUUGCUGUGAGAGCGGGGCUGGGAGCAUCUUGGUGUGCUAUGGAGACAUGAGAGUUGCUGUGGUUGCUGGCUAUAAUUAAUAUGUGAAACAUGAUGGUGCUGUGCCAUUCCCAUCCAGUGUACCAAGUGCAACAAAGGUUGCCGCGUGUCCGUGGGGGCUCGGGCUCAGAGCCCAGAGCAGCCAGCACCAUAGCGUCCAACAGCUGGAACGCCAGCAGCAGCCCCGGGGAGGGGCGGGAAGAUGGCCAGGACGGGAUGGACAAGAGCCUGGACAAUGACGCCGAGGGAGUGUGGAGCCCGGACAUCGAGCAGAGCUUCCAGGAGGCUCUGGCAAUCUACCCCCCUUGCGGCCGGCGGAAGAUCAUCCUCUCAGAUGAAGGCAAGAUGUAUGGUCGUAAUGAACUGAUUGCGCGCUACAUCAAGCUGCGGACAGGGAAGACACGGACGAGGAAGCAGGUGUCCAGCCACAUCCAGGUUCUAGCUCGGAAGAAGGUGCGGGAGUACCAGGUUGGCAUCAAGGUCUCUAGCCACUUGCAGGUUCUUGCCCGACGGAAAUCUCGGGAGAUUCAGUCCAAGCUGAAGGCCAUGAACUUGGACCAAGUCUCCAAAGACAAGGCUCUGCAGAGUAUGGCGUCCAUGUCCUCUGCUCAGAUUGUGUCAGCCAGUGUCCUACAGAACAAGCUCAGCCCCCCCCCUCCUCUUCCUCAGGCCGUCUUCUCUGCUGCCCCCAGGUUUUGGAGUGGGCCGAUCCCAGGACAGCCUGGACCUUCUCAGGACAUUAAACCAUUUGCACAACCAGCUUACCCCAUCCAGCCACCCAUGCCUCCAUCACUAGCCAGUUAUGAGCCCUUGGCCCCACUGCCACCAGCUGCCUCAGCCGUGCCGGUCUGGCAGGACCGCACCAUCGCCUCUGCCAAGCUGCGGCUCCUUGAGUACUCUGCCUUCAUGGAAGUGCCGCGGGACACUGAAACGUAUAGCAAGCACCUCUUUGUGCACAUCGGGCAGACAAACCCCUCAUACAGUGACCCACUGCUGGAGGCUGUGGACAUCCGCCAGAUCUACGACAAGUUCCCUGAGAAGAAGGGUGGCCUCAAGGAGCUCUAUGAGCGUGGACCCCAGAACUCCUUCUUCCUUGUCAAGUUUUGGGCGGAUCUGAACAGCACAAUCCAGGAUGGGCCAGGGACUUUCUAUGGUGUCAGCAGUCAGUACAGCAGCGCGGAGAACAUGACCAUCACAGUGUCCACCAAGGUGUGCUCCUUUGGGAAGCAGGUUGUGGAGAAGGUGGAGACAGAGUACGCGCGGUUGGAGAACAGCCGCUUUGUCUACCGCAUCCACCGCUCCCCCAUGUGCGAAUACAUGAUCAACUUCAUCCACAAACUCAAGCAUCUCCCGGAGAAGUACAUGAUGAACAGCGUCCUGGAGAAUUUCACCAUCCUGCAGGUUGUUACCAACAGGGAUACCCAGGAAACCCUGCUCUGCAUCGCCUUUGUGUUUGAGGUGUCCACCAGUGAGCACGGUGCCCAGCAUCAUGUCUACAAGUUGGUGAAGGACUAGGGGCCCUCGGGACAUGCGGGGGCUUGAGGGACACAGGGAUGUGGGGAGGGUUGUGCAGAAGUGCCACCUGUUGUGCACUCCCAGUCCCACCAGGAGUCACUUGAAGAGAGGAGGAGGAGGAAGAAGAAGAGAAGCAAUAGCCAAAAAAGACUGACUUGCGAUCACAGAUGUUUUCUACUUUAGGAAAAGUUUUUAAAUAAAUAUAUAUAUUAAAAAAAAAAAAAAAAAAAAAAGAAGGAAAAAAAAAAAGAAGAAGAAUGAGAAUGGAAGGGAGGAAGGAGAGAGAGGAGCCUGUGUCUGGCACUGGAUGGGAAAUGCAGUGGUGCCAAUGAACCAGGACCAUGCAGGAUGUUGGAGCGGUGGGUGGUGCUGCUUUUGCCUACUGGUCCAGGACCCCAUGUGGUGUCACUGGGUCCAUGGUGGCAUCCCUGAGACAGCGGUGUAAGCCAGCACUGGGAGUGGUGGUGAGGACAUGGAGACAUCCCUGUGACCCCAGAAUGGAGGUGGAAUCGGGUAGGAGCAGGGCAGGGGUGGUGGCCCUAAGCAGGAGAAAUGGACAGGAGAAAGUCACAUUGUGCCUUGAUGAGGAUGGGUGCUCCUCAUCCUGUCCUGGCAGUAUUGGGAGCGGGAGAGCAUCAACAAUGCAGUGUUUUUUUUUUUUGUUGUGUUUUGUUUUUAAUUAAGAAGAGCUCUUUAGUACUGUGCUCAGAAUUGAGCUUUGUCCAUCCUGUGCCACUCCACAGUGCCCAGGACCCCCUGCUGUCAUCUCUGGUGCCUGUCAACUGUGGCUGGAGUGUACCAUGGGGCAGCAUUAUGGGGUUGGUGGUCACCAACUUGCUGUGGUGUUUGCGCAUACUUCCAGGGAUUGCAUUCAGUCUCUUCUCCAGCCCUAAGCACCCCCUGGUGCUUGUCAUGGUGCAAGGGGUUUGCCUGAUUUAUUUUGCAUAUGUACAUUUUCCAUCUUUUUUUUGGGUCUGUUUUUCUGUUUUGACAGUUCUGAUGUUGGCUUUUUCUCAGUGGGAAGCAGUCGAGCCAGGAGGAGCACGGAGCUGAGCUGUGAAUGGGAAGAGGAGGGAACAGAGAGGGGAAGAGGGAAUGGAGGAUAUGUGGGAUGCAAGACUGGGUCUGCUCAGGGGGAAUCUGGGGCUACAGCCCAUGACCCAAUGCACUGCGCCCAGUCCUGCAGGUUGCAAGGGGGGAGCAUCCCCAGGAGGGGUUGUGCAGGGUGGCAUGGAGCAGGGGGCAGGAGAAACACUUUGUCCCCCUGGAGGAGUGAAGGCAGCGGGAGGUGCAGUGCAGUGUUGUGGGAUGAUGGAACUGGGGUUGGCGAUGGGAUGCUGGGUGUGCAGGGACAGCGUGGAGCUCAGGAAAUGAGCUGAUGCCAUGUGCUGGGGCUCCAUCCCAGCAGAGAGAACCCAGUGCUGGCUCAGAGGGAAAAAGGGGAAAAUCACAGGGACAGCCUCAGCUCGCCUGCCCCAGGCUCUCCUAUGUAGCAUGUCCAUUUGUUGUUCGUGUUGUUCAUAGUUGUGCUGGUUUUUUUCUUUUUUUUUUUUUUUUUUUUUUUUUUUUUCUUUUUUCCUAUCACUCACUGGUUUAAACUCUGGGAAUCCAAGUUCAAACCUUCCACCAUCACAUGGAGCUCUUUGUUAACUGGACUGCUUUGUGCUCCAUCCAUCCCUCCAUCUACCUCUCCAUCCAUCCCUCCAUCCCUCCCUCCUGCCCCAGCUAAGACUCAGACACAGCCCCAGAGAUCCCUCCUUGCCCUCCCAGUCGCCCCUCUGUUCUCCGAUGUAUUUAUGAAUUUCACAUGAAGUACUGUUUUAUUUUUUUAAAGACUUUGUAAAGCUUUGCCAGGGUUACAAUCACCAGUUUUAGAGCUGUGUCAGUCCACAAUGUUAAAAAUAAUAAUAAUUUUUUUUUAUGUAUUAUAUUUUUUGUGUAUUUUUUUUUAAUCCAGCUGUGAUGGGUUGUAUCAUGUAUUUGUUGUGUUUACUGUAUCUGUCCGACUUCAAAUAGAGGAGACUGUGGAGCUCCGAGAAAACUACGGUCUGCUGAAAAACUAUUAAAAUUAUUUGUUCAUGUGUUGGCUCAA